UUAUUUUAAAUAUUAAAAGCAUUUCUUUUCGGCGCAAAUGAUUCGAAAGUGUAUAUAAAUGAAAAUAUUAAGAAUUAUUAAAACAGAAACUUUGUGAUAGAAGUUUUCAAAUCACGUUGCAUGCAUUCACGAAAAGUGCAACAUUGCAAAAGGGUUGCUAUGCAACUGCUAUGCAAAGGAAACUCCCAUUUUUAUGACAUUUGCACUAAUGCGCAGGAUGUGAUCUACACUAUAUUGCAGUCGAUUACUUGCCACAGAGUUAAUUAGUACUGAUUAUCAAUAAAAUCCGUGCAGCAAAUGAUAUAUAACGAUUUGCUUCCAACAGAACGCUAUAUAGUGAUUGAUUCUUACUAAUUUGAUAUUGAAUCCUGCCAUUGAGUUGAAAAUUUUUACUUUUUGAAUUUCAAAAAUAAAAAAAGUUUAUAAUUAGGUAUUCUCAUAUAAAAUCAUUCUGGAGGAUUAUUUAAAAGAAUAAAACUGAAAGUGACUUAGAAUUUUUCGGUGUUUCCGACCAUCGUGAAGUGUAAAGUGCUUAAAAAACUUGAAUUUAGAGAAGAGAAAACCAAAAAUUCAAUAUACAAGAACAAAAUUAACAGGAAGGUAAUCUAAGGAGUACGGAUAAAUUUGCAAAUAAGAACAUCUCUAUCCCAAGCUUCUGUAUCAAAACAAAAUCAGAAAAUAACAAAAAAAGAAAACAAGGUCCAAGGAGGAAGAAGGCGAUUUUAAGGAAAAGAAGCGAACUGCGAAGAAAAUAUUUUACGCCAAUUAUUCUGAAGCUACUAUGGACUAAAACUAAUUUUCUUGGUUGGAAUUAUAAUAGUCGAUAUUCUUUCUCUUUAAUCGGACAAGCAAGUGGAUUUGGUAAAGUGUAAAAAGUAGAAAUUUGGAAAAAGUACCAUUAAUAGAUCGUCAGUAAUACCUUCGUAAGAAACUUGUUAUUUUAUACUUACAUUUAUUUUAAAUCAGUAUUUUUCUUUUACCUUUUAAGAAAAUGAGUAACGAACAAGAGAAUACCAAUCCAAUAACUUCGACAGAAGAGAUUAACGUAGAAACUGGCUUAAUCCAAUCUAAUGCGCUCCCGCAUAAAGAAGUUCCCAAAAACUCUGAAAAUAAGUUAAUAACACUUUGUCACAUGAUAACAAAUUUUUACGCAAUUCAAUUGGCAUAUAAUUUAAUACCAAUUUUUGAUGGUACUUCGUCGGUGUUUGACUUUAUUGAUGACAUAGAUUCUGCUAUAAGUAGACCUUUUGUCCUUAGGUCCGUUUGCGAUGAACGGCAGAUAGUAAGAAUGAUCUUGAAUAAAUUAAGAGGUAAUCCAAGGAAAUGCACGAAGAUCAAAAAUUUUAAAAAUGUAGAAGAUCUAACUGAUCUUUUAAAACGUCGAUUUGCGCCAAAAAGGCCAUUUGAGGAUUAUAUAGAUGAAAUUCGUAACAUACGGAUUUACAGGAACGAAACACCAUUAGACGAAUUUUAUAACAGGUUGGAAAUUCUUGUUAGUAAAACACGAGCUGCUUGGAAAUACCAAAAUAAUUGUGAUAUGGAGAAUGGAUUAAUGUCAUAUGUGCAGCAUGUGGCAAUUAAAUCAUUUAUUAGGGCGCUACCGUGCCAUUGGGGAGAAUUGAUUUGGGCAAAAAAGCCAAAAGAUUUGUUAGAUGCAUUUUUCCAUGUGAGGGAUUUAGAAGAAACCAGAGCUUAAAAGGAUGAGAAGGGUUGAAUAUUAUGAUUCGCAAGAUGAUUAAAGAGUAACAAUAAGUCCAUAGAAUCGGAAUAAUUAGACGUGUUGACAAAUAAGAAGAAGAAGAUUAACUCAAUAUGCAGACAGAUGAUAAUCAAAUCUAGGCAAUCGUUUCACUAUUUGAUUCUAGAUUUUUUCUAAAUUCUUUCGGAACAUAUUUCAAAUUUCACUAGAAUAUUUCUGCAAAGUUGUCUUUUGCUCUGUUUCUGUUCUGUUGGAUUGGGGUUGUUCUAAACAAUUUCUUUUCCGAGAAUUUACAUAAAUUCAUUUACUAUUAUUCAAAUUAUAUUCCUAUAUAUUAAGAAAUGUUUACUUAUAUAUGAUGUUUAACAUAAUUCCAUAAAUCUUGAAAGUUAGUAGUAGAAUUAGUUUAGACAGUAAUUUAAAUAUAUUCCUUAGUUACUCCCAGGUAGUAUGUAAAUUUAUACAGCAAUCUUGUGGCAAGAUUCUUUGAAGACGCAUGCGCAUGAACGAAUUAUUUUUAAAAUAAUGGGACGUUUCAUAUGAAAACGACACAUGAUGUUUCAGAUUUUUCUCAUAUAAAGAAUGAUUAAGGUCCUAAUGAAAUAUAUCAAAUAACAAUACAACUUUUUUUAUUUUUCUAAAUAUUCGCAUUAAAAAUUUUUUUUGCAAAAUUAUUUGAUUUUUUUAGCUUUUUUCUGUUUCAAGAUAUAAAAAUUGUUCUGAACAAUUUUUGUGCUCAAAAUACUUAUAACUAGUUUAAUGAAGGUCUAAAUCCACAUAUGUCGCAAUUAGUAAGCUACACGCGAAAUUUCAGCAGAAACAAUAAAGAUAAAAUUUUUAUUUCAUUACAAAUUUAUUUUCAUUUAUCUUGUAACUUGAUUUCAGUUAUUUACUUUAAUAAUUAACAUUUCACUUUUGGCUUUGUUUUAGUUUAUAUUUAUGUAAAUCUUAGUCUUAAAAUUGUUACGCGUAUAUGGGUCAUGAAUAAAUAAAUAAAAAGAUUGUUAUGAAAAAAUCAUGUAUUAACGAAUAUUAUAUGAACAUUGUUUUUGAUUCCUAUAUUAAUUAAGAAAUAAGAACGUACUUGGUAAUAAUAUAUAUAAUGAUUAAUGUAUCGUUCGAACUAAAUUUACUUUGAAUAAAUAUUGUAAAAAAAGA